AUGAAAUUUCUCAACCCAAGGUCUCUUCUAAAGUCAUCGCAAGCCUCAGAACAAGCAAGGGUUUACUCUAAUGGAACAAACGACCAAGCCAUGAGGGGUUCGAGAAUUCGGACAGGGGAUGUCCAACUCACUUCUGUCAAUGACGAAACUGGUGCGCUCCAAAAAGCACUGAAUCACGUUCUUAUUCAGCUUCAUGAGGUCAAGCGGCUACGUCAAGCUAAGGAGAGCUUACUUGAACGCGACGAGAAAGUCUGGGUGGACAGUACCAUCAACGAUGUUGCAGAUGCAACUAGAGAGGUCGCCAUUUUACUGGAACCCACACGGGUCGAGAAAGAAACAAGAAGCGGCAGGUUGAGCAUUGGGAGUCAGCUUCGGUGGAAAUAUCGGCACAGCCAACGAGCGAAAGACAAGAAGGAUAGAAUGAUGACAUGCCAUAACAGCCUCAUGAGCGUCUUGGGUCAUCUCCAGCGAAUGGAAACCCCCAAAACUACUACUAUCCAUGAGCUGGGAUCGGAAAUUCUUCCAAAGGGAUCUCUCUACAGCAUCCGAAAUCUUUCAAGGCUCGAUGUCGGGUCAGAUGUCUGUUUCGAAGAUGCGAAGGAAGUAGAGAAAUUCGAUUGUAAAUCACAAGAAAUGAAUGACCUUCUUGCCUGGCGUCGGUCGAAAGGGUCGCCAAAGGAUACCAGAAAGGAGAGUGAACUAGCAGAUUGUAUACAGAAGCAAUAA